CCCAGAUACCCCCUGUGCCUCCUAAUGGACCAAUAUGACCGGCCAUCCCUCCGCCCCUGAAGCCUUCAGGCCGGUGGGUGACAAACCCCGCUUCUCUCAGCUUGCAUCGUACUCCUGCCACCUGUUCUGCCCCCAUCCUGCCCCGCCGCCCAACCACUGACAUCCGCCACCCCCGACACGAGGCUAUUGCCGCUUGUUCGCUUUCUAGCUCUCUUUACUGUGCUGCGAAUAUGCUCCCCAUCGCCCCAACCCCUUUCUUGAAGCCUCUCUUUGCCCUCUCAGCUGCCAUCCUUUGCGUCGCACAAUUUGCAGCGGUGGCCGCCAGCGCACGUGCCCCUGCGCUGCAAAGCAAUACAGCCCCUCAUACCCGCUUUGGCCUCCCCCUGAGGGCUGCCUCGCCCCUCGUGGGCGAUCACAGCAGCGCGGGUCAAUCGCAGACAGGUGGCGUCUCGCCUGCAGUCGCCGCCGAUGCUGCCGCUCCUACAGUUCCUCUGAGGAACUUUGAGGUCAAUGUCCCACCACGCGUCGAUUCGCGCAGGCAGCACCUUAAGGAGUGCAAGAUCCAGUUGAUCAGCCGUGCUUUUGCAAACAGCUAUGGAGACCCUUCCGUCUUCUCGUACUCUCCUUCGCUCCUGCCUGUCGGUUGCUCGGACCCAAACGAGUGGGUCUCAAUCGUGCUCGAGCAGAACGGCACCUCCAAAGGCCGUCAGUUCGACCGCCUCGGUACGGUGUGGCUCGGAAACGAGCACGAUGGGUACGGCCUGGAGCUAUGGCGCACGGAUAACCCCGAGCCGACGUCAUACGGGAUUGUCUGGUCGACCAGAAAGGACGUCAGUAAGUACUGGCCCUUCUUGAGUAAAGAUGGAAAGAUGGUCUUCGAUUAUCCGAACAUUGUCGAUAGCACGUACACCGGGAUCUUAGACAUUACGCUGUCUCUCAGCGUCUACCUACCCAAUCACCCCAAGCAAGUCGUCUUGGCGGGCCCAGAUUCUGCAGCACAGCAUGUGAUUGCCCAUCGCUCGACGAUGCGGAAGCGUGCGCAAGGCCACAAGCCCGCGGCUCAAGUCCCGUUUUCUGGCAGCAUCACCAACAGCAGUAUUAGCGCGACUUUUGAAGCUCAUCUCCAUUCCUCGCCUUUCCUCAAAGACCGCACGGCCGAUGUCUUGAUCCCGCUCUCGACUCGGCAGUCAAACGGUAACUCCCUAUUCUCCUUUGGCGGCGCCUCCGUCGACGACAACAGCUCGCCGUCCGCAUCGGGUCUGACGAUCGUGUCCAACUUUCCACGCAACGCGCUUUCCGCCAUCGUGGAGAUCUACGCAUCCGGCACCGCCGCCGAGGAGUUCUGGUACACGUCCAUCCCGGACGAGGUUUACAAAGAGGUUCCUUCUGUGACGGCGCAUAAUUUGGGCCUCUACCCGCGCGGACCGUUCAGAGAGGUGCAGCUGCUGAUUGACGACAAGCUCGCGGGAAUCGCUCUGCCUUAUGCCACCAUUUUCACUGGUGGCAUCAACCCGCUGAUGUGGCGCCCGGAAGCGUCGUUCGGCGCAUGGGACCAGCCAACGUACCUAGUUGACAUCACUCCUUUCCUCGGCUCGCUCAGCGACGGCAAUGACCACACCUUCCGGCUACGUGUAGUCAGCGCCGAGAAGAACGGGACGAUUAACGCUAGUUGGUUCCUCAGCGGGAACGUGCAGGUGCACAUCGACCCGACCAGCGACGAGCCGACGACGGGAGAGAUCACACGGUAUGGCAUCCAGCCCUUCGCACUGCCCGCUGCAGCAUUCCGCACCGCCGGAAAAGUGCAAGGUGACCUUGACAAGGAUGGCAGCUUGACCGCCGAAGUGCGCAUCGUCCGCCCUCGCACGAUCCUGAUCGAAGCCAACGUCUCGCGUCCCAGCAAGAGCCAUCAGAACGAUCCGAUGCACGUCAGCUGGAAACAGGAGUACAGCUACUCGAACUUCGACUCAUCGGGGCCCACAUUGCAGGUCAUCAACCAGACGUCCUCGGGAAAGUCGCGCAGCACGCACGGCGGCCGCCCGUUCCUGGCUUGCGAAUUCGACUUUCUGCUGGACGUCUCGCUGGUAGUGGAUAGCAGCACGCUCAACACAAGCGUCGACCAUCGGUACGAGGCGCUGACGAAUUUGUCACCCCAGGCACUCAACUACUGGCUACCCAGCGAGACGACGAUCCACAUGUAUCAGACCGCGCAAGCAGCAUCUACCAUUCAGAACGGUUCGAUUACCAGUGGAUUCGGCAUGACGUCAGAGAGGUACUCUUACUCUGACUCGAAAGGAUACACGUUCCACCGCACAACGAGCGCAAACAACACCAAGGUCACAGAUAAGAUUGGCGGAAACUUGGCGCCGUACGCGUUGCCUGUUGUCUGAUCUUGCCCCACUGCGCUGCACUGCACUGAAAUGCCCCGUGCCGUGUUCCUCUUGUUGUACUCAGCGGUUAUUGGUAUUCUUGAAGCUGUGAAAUGGAAUUUGGUGGCUUGCCUAAAACCCUCCCACACGCCUCGGCGCUCUGCACCACAUACCUGAAAGUGAUUUAUGUAUUGG